AUGGGGAAUGAUGGUGCUCCUAAUUCAUUGUCAACAAUCUACGGCGUCUUCUCAUCCCAAUUACUUGAUCGCUCGGGCCUCUCGGCUGUCUGGCACUUCUGCAACGAAGCGCGUGUGGCGGCCCAACGGUCGACUUUGAGUGACGUCGCAAACUACCUACAAUUCCUUUAUCGCGAUGAGUCUGUGAAUCGCGGCCAGAUUGUGUUUUUGACAACUCUUGCGAUUGCAAUGGCUGGCUGUGGAUUUCUUUCUUGCCUCGUGAGGCGCAGGCGGUCCGAUAGGACUCGAUUGUCGCGCUUCUCGAUCCGCAACAUCACAUCCAAGUCGUCCACCAGGACUCUCACUUCCUCGUCGGAUGAUGACUACGAGGACGACGAGUAUGAUAGCAACGGCUCUCUGCGGCAUGCCACCAAUCCUCAGCAGAAAGCUCCGGAGUGGUCGAUGCAGUCGCAGCAGCAAACUGCUGAUGCCUUCAAAUCGGACCCAGGUCUGCUGAAGAAGUACACCACCUACAACUCAUACACCACCUCUGUGGCGACCUACCCGGCUAUCCGAACGUUCUUCUGCCCACACCCGAAUCAGAGCCGCCUUCCGACCAAACCAACCCCCCUUCCUUUGCUAGUCGUCGUACACGGCUUGGGAGGAUCACUUGCACAAUUCCAUCACUUGCUGAAGUCUCUUUCCAAUGUUGGAUCGUGCUUCGGUAUCGAUUUACCGGGCUGUGGCUUGUCCAAAUUUGCGCCGACCGAGUGGGACGCAUACACGGUGGGGGCGCUGGCUGAACUUCUGGCUGUUGCCAUCGAACGGCACCGUGAUCAGGAGAAUGGCCAAGAAGUGAUCUUGAUUGGUCACAGUUUGGGCUGUUCGCUAUCGGCUCUGCUUGCCUCCUCGACUUCGUCGAUCGGAAAGAGUUUGAAACCGCAUAUUUGCGGACUUAUCGCCGUCUGUCCGCGAGCCGAUCCACCGUCUGCCCAUGAGGUCACGACGUACCGCAGACUGCUCCACAUUCCGGGUCCGAUCUUCGACCUGUGGCGUUUGUGGGACCGACGUGGCGGAAUAGAGAGCGCUAGCGUGAUGAGAAUGGUAGGCAGCAAUGCCGAUGCCGCAACGCGAGACCUUCAAGUUCGUUUCAACAAGCAGAGUCAAACUCCGGUUUGGCGUCGCAUGGCCUGGGGGUCUUUCCCGACCUACAACGGAAAUGAGCCUGUUGGCGGCAUGCCUGGUGAGAAAGUCUGGGCUGGGAUCAACAUGCCGAUAUUGUUGGUAGCAGGCGAGGCCGACGCAGUCACGAAGCCGGUAGAAAUCCAAAAAUUGCUGAAAUUCUUCGGUGACUCUUCGGCCCCUGUCACCAUCGCCACCGACGGGAGUAGUGUUAUUCCUGAUGCCUCGCGAGUUCGUGAUCAGAUCUCAACAUCGUCUAAUUUGCUGUCUCACGAUGAGAAAUAUGGUAUCAAACCUACUCAGGAAGAAAAGCAGAUCGAUGAAGUCAAUCUUUCCGGCACUGACCGGAAGCGACUGGUCAAGUCGGCCAUUCUGCCCUCGCCUGCUUCCCACGCACUCCUCUACGAUCGUGCGACGUAUCGCACUCUCGCCGGGAUCAUCCAAGAUUUCCUUUCGCACCACAUCGACAAACGUUUGGCCUUAGGGUGGCAAUUGCAAUACAUGAACACCUCAGGUAAAUGGGACGUGAAGAACCUCGCCAAGUGGCAGAAGGUGGCCCCAGUUUCCGAGCCAAUUGCCAACACCUUCGCCGCGCUCAAGAUGCUUCGUGAAGUAGACGAGCAGCACAACCCAGUACUCUUCUCUCAGAAGUACCGCGACCGCAUCUACGCUGUGAUUGAUAUCAGCCACGAAUGCCCAGUCUACAACCCGGCCACAAUGGAAGCAGGCGGCAUUCGCUACUGUAAACACCCUACGGUUUCUAAGAUCCCCCCGACCCCUGAUGAGACCCGCGACUUCAUCGACUUAGUCGAUCGUCUCCAAGGUGAAAUCGACGUGAAGAUGGAGAAACGUGAGGACCCUUCGCAGCCGCGUCCGCUGGUCGGCGUCCACUGCCACUACGGCUACAACCGUACUGGGUUCCUCAUCGUCUGCUACCUGAUCGAGCGACUGGGGUUUGGUGUCCAAGAAGCCAUUGAUGAGUUCAACCGGUGCCGGGCGCCUGGUAUUCGUCAUGAACAUUUCAUCGAUACUCUUUUUGUACGCUAUUGCGUAGGUUUGAAGAGGGCACCUACGCUGUAA